AUGUUUCCUCCAAAUAGUCCUACUAACUCGGUUUCUGAAAAUGAAAUAACCCCUCAGGGCAUAAAAGAAAAAACAGCUGCGAUUUUAAACAGAGUGAAUAAUCCAGAAACCGAGAAUGAUUUCAGGAGAACUUUUACACGAAUAUCAGAGAAUGCUACUAAUGCUGCUAAUAAUCCAACAUAUCAAAGUUUUAUCAACGCUUAG